AUGGAUAUUGCUCGCAUUCGGGCCCAUGCCCUGAACCUGGAGGAGCAGAGCAGCAGUAGCAGCCACAGAGAGGUAAACAUGAUUCUGAUAGGGGGCGAAGUAAAAGAUCCGGAUCUUUUGGUGUUGGCAGUGAGUAUAGAGAAGGGCAGAGACAUUAAUAUUCCAGGCAUUAAGGCUAUCGGUGGCCGCACCGCCUCGAUUUCCGCGGCGAGAUUUGACCGUCCUAUCUAUUCGGGGACCAUGCCGAGGAGUUCUAGAGUUUCAGGGUCCCAGUAUAGAGGCGAUUCUAGCCGUACGAGACCACCCCUACCACGGUGUACUCAGUGUGGCAGGCCAUAUUCUGGACAGUGCCGCUUAGGUUCAGGUGCUUGUUAUGCCUGCGGUCGGGUUGGUCAUUUGAUGCGCGAUUGUCCAUUGAGGAAUGAUGGAGACAAAGCUCAGCCCGUCGAAUCAGCAAUUAGUUCAUUGUCAUCUGUGCGCCCUCCUGGAUAG